CUCAACAGCAAGAUGAGUGUCACCUCCUGGUUCCUGGUGAGCGGCAGUGGCACCCGCCACCGCCUGCCGCGGGAGCUCAUCUUCGUGGGGCGUGAUGAGUGCGAGCUCGUGCUUCAGUCCCGCAGUGUGGACAAGCAGCAUGCUGUCAUCAAUUAUGACCAGGACAGGGACGAACACUGGCUGAAGGACCUAGGCAGCCUCAACGGGACCUUUGUGAAUGACGUGCGUGUCCCGGACCAGAAGUACGUCACGUUGAAGGCCAACGACGUCAUCCGCUUUGGCUACGAUGCCAACACGUAUGUGCUGGAGCGUGUGCAGCACCGCCUCCCCGAGGAGGCACUCAAGCACGAGAAGUACACCAGCCAGCUGCAGAUGGGCAUCAAGAGUGCAGCACCCAAGAGGACUGAGCCACUGCCAGACCCCAUGCCGUACUGCGAGUCCUCGAACCCCAGGCCAGAGAAGGGGGACCGGAGGCUGGGGGCAGAGGCAGUGACCUACCGCACGCCCCUUUACGGGCAGCCCUCCUGGUGGGGGGAUGACGAUGGCGAUAGCCCACCUGAGGACCGGCGCCAGGGAGAGCCUGAGCCUGAGCGAGCCAGGGGCCCGGCCCAGCACGACAGAGAGCUCGACGGGACACCUGCUGGUUUCCGGGCCCCUGUCGAGCCACAGGGCUAUGCCUUCCGCCGUGAACCCAGCUACUUCGAGAUCCCCACAAAGGAGUCGCUGCCGCUGGCUGCGCGGUCCCCUGAGGUGCCGGCACACGAGGCCCCCACCAAGGACCAGGAGCCGGCUGGCGGUGGGGCGGCCCCAGUGGUGCAGAGCCAUGCCUCUUUCACCAUUGAGUUUGAUGACUGCAGCCCUGGCAAGGUGAAGAUCAAGGACCACGUGACCAAGUUCGCCCUGCGACAGCGGCGGCCCCCAGGCAGGGAGGCAACGCCUGCUGAGAUGGUGUCCGCGGAGACCAAGGUGGCUGACUGGCUGGUGCAGAACGACCCCAGCCUGCUGCGCCGGGCCGGCCUGGGGGAUGACCGCCACAGCACCAAGAGUGACCUGCCCAUCCACACCCGCACGCUGAGGGGCCACAAACACGUGGACGGCACACAGAGCGACUCUGAGGACCCGCUGGCCCCGGCAGGGGCGGCGCCUGUUGCGGCCGGCGGGGAGCAGGCCCGGCUGCAGCGCCAGAUCAGGCGGGAGCCCCAGGAGCUGCUGCAUAACCAGCAGGCCUUCGUCAUCGAGUUCUUCGACGAGGACACGCCCCGCAAGAAGCGCUCGCAGUCCUUCACGCACGCCCCGGCCCCGGACCCCAAGGCGGACAAGCGCCCCCGCGGCCCGGAUGGGCAGAGGGUGCUGGAAGAGCCUGUGCCCUCCAGUGCCUUCCCAGGCUGGCGUGUCUGUGUCUUUGGAGUGCUGGAGUCCCCAGAGCUGUCCCGGGUUCCCUCAGCCACCUUCCGCCCUGUCAUCAGAGAUGACAAAGAGGAGGUGGCCGAUGGGGGUGUGGCCCAGCGACUAGCUCUGCUACAGGAGUUUGCAUUCAGGCCAGGAGGCAUGGCCCCACAGACAGAGCAGCAGGGCCUGCCAGGCCCCGGCUCCCCUGGGGCUCAGAAGUGGGUGUCCCGCUGGGCCAGCCUGGCUGACAGCUACUCGGACCCAGGCCUGGCAGAGAACAGCACUAGCUGCCGGGCUAUGGAGCCUGAGGUGGCUUUACCCUCACGCACACGGCGUCUGCUUCCCCAGCUGCCCAGCGAGCGGGCGGACAGCCCUGCUGGCCCUGAGGCCACCAGGAAGGCUGGCCCUGGGCAGCCGGAGCCUGGUAGUCAGCAGGUCAGCCCGCUCUUUGUCCAGGAGGACCUGGACCCUGACAGCCUCAGUGAUGCCAGUGGGUCGGAUGGCGGGUGGAGCCCCAAGCUGGGCAGAGGGCAGCCACCUGAGAGACACAGGAGCCCUGAGGAGGUGCCAGCCUGGACAAGGAGCAGGGGCUCGCCCUGGACCCCGGGGGAGCCGGCCCCCACCUCAUUCUUCAUCGGGGACCAGAACAGGGAGGCUGUCGUCUCCAGGAAGCCAUCCGUGACCACUGGGGGGGCAGAGGGCCCAGGGCAGACAGCUCCACAGCAGGCAGCCCCCCCUGGCACACAGACGAGGGACGGUGUCUAUGUCAGCACCAGUGGGCGCAUGGUCAUUCAGCUUUGCUCUGGGCGGUCUUUGGAGUCUGGGGGCCCUGUCCCAGCCCCGCCCAAAGAGGGCCUGGCAUUUGUCCGGCAGGAGAGCUUCACCAAGGAGCCAGCCAGCGGCCCCCCGGCCCCUGGCAAGCUGCCAAACAUCCCCAGCCACCCCCUGCUCCAGGACCUGGCUGCGGCCCGGGCUGCCCGUUCAGACCUGCACUCCCAGGACACCCACCUCAUCCUGAAGGAGACUGAGACAGCACUGGCAGUGCUGGAGGCCCAGCUGCUGUCCAAGUCUGUGGAGGCACAGGGCGAAGGGGGCAGCCUCCCUCGGCCGCCAGAGGACUCCCUGUCUGGGGAUUCGGACGCAGACACGGCUAGCAUGACCAGCCCGACGACCCCACAGCCCAAGGGGCCGCAGAAGGACAAGCCGCUGGCCGCACAGGACCUGGCGGGCUCCGCCCUUAGUAGUGCCCGUGGGCGGCUCUCGGAGAAGCAGCAUCGCCCACUAGGCCCAGUGGACCCUGGCCGCACAGAGCUGGCACGGCCUCUGACCACGAGGCGUGGGCACGGGCCCCGAGCGUCCCUGGACUGGCCAGACGAGGAGCGUGGCUCUAGCCCCACCCACCUGCCCAUCUCGGACGCUGUUGCCUCUGACCAUGAGACACCCGUGUGCACCAGGGCGGGACGGCCAGGCCCUCGACGGAGGCCGCCAGCCCCACCACCGUCCCCAGCCACCCGGGAGGAGCAGGGCCGAGGCUCCAGCAGCUCCCAGAAGGUGCAGCAGGCACUGAGCCGCUCCAACAGCCUGUCCACCCCUCGGCCCACGCGGGCGUCCCGGCUCAGGCGAGCUCGGCUGGGCGACACCUCUGACACAGAGGCUGCUGACGGCGAGCGGGGCGCCCUGGGCACCCCUGAGCCCGCAGGCCGGCCAGCUGCUGAGCAGACCAAGAAGCUGUCGAGACUGGACGUCCUGGCCAUGCCUCGGAAGCGGGCCGGCUCCUUCACGGGCACCAGUGACGCUGAGGCCGCUCCCGCUCGCUCUGGUUUCUCUGGCCGAAGUGUCGACUUGUACUGUACCAGCCGCAAGCCCACCAUGGCCGAGGCGCGGGCCGCAGCCAGGAAGGCUGCCAGUACUGCUGCCUCUUCCACAGCCUCCCGCCAGCCCUUCAGCAGGGCCCGCCCGGGCAGUGCCCGCUACCCGUCCUCCACCACGCAGACCCCGCGGGCCGGUGGCUCCAACCAUCCCCGGCCCCGGGCUCCUGGGCCGCGGGCCCCGGACGACCCUGAGGAGGAGGCUGACCCCUAUGGCUUCAUCGUGCAGACAGCAGAGAUUGCGGAGAUCGCCAGGUUGAGCCAGACGCUGGUGAAGGAUGUGGUCACCCUGGCCCAGGAGAUCCAUGAUGUGGCUGGGGAUGGCGACUCGCUGGGCUCUCCGGGGCCCACCCACAGCCCUACCCUCAGCAAUGUGCCCAGCACCCCUGCGUCCACCAUCUCUGCCCGCGAGGAGCUGGUGCAGCGUAUCCCUGAGGCCAGCCUCAAUUUCCAGAAGGUGCCGCCAGGCGCCCUGAACUCGCGGGACUUUGACCAGAACAUGAAUGACAGCCGUGAGGACCCCUUGGCCUCCAAGACGAGGCCACGGAACCGCGAGGAGGUGAUCUUUGAUAACCUGAUGCUGAACCCUGUGUCCCAGCUGUCGCAUGCCAUCCGUGAGAACACAGAGAGUCUCGCCGAAAAGAUGAAGAUCCUUUUCCAGAACACGGGGCGUGCGUGGGAGGACCUGGAAGCCAGGAUCAAUGCAGAGAAUGAGGUUCCCAUCCUGAAGACGUCAAACAAGGAGAUCAGCUCUAUCCUGAAGGAACUGAGGCGUGUGCAGAAGCAGUUGGAAGUCAUCAAUGCCAUCGUGGACCCCGUUGGGAACCUGGCCUUGCUGGCAGGCAGCAGGAGCUCCGGGAGCCUGGCCCAGCUGGGGAGGGGCCGGCCUGCCACCCAGAGCCCAUCACCCUCCUCGGUGGAGAUGCUGCCUGCUCUGCCGCUGAGGGGCUUCCCGCCACACGCCAACUGUGGCGCCCCAGACCCUGUCUUCCUGCCUGACUUCCUCCCUGAUGCCGAGCGGUUCCUGAUCUAG